UAAAUCGUAUUGCUCUUUCAUCUCGAAGAUGCAUAGAAAUGAAAAAGAUACGAGAUCUCGUAUCUCUCUCUCACUUCUGUACAUUUUCGAGGUAAAAAAGCAAUCCGACAUUUUCGAUUUACAAUGCCGAACGCAGCUCUAGAAUGACACUCGCGAUCGAUGCGAAAUCGCCAAGUGGAACGUACCCCGUGUUGAGUUUAGCGAACGUAACCGCUUUCUUCUCGCACAAAUCCAUUUAUUCGGCAUUAUUUGCGAAUUAAUCACCUCUGUUUAUAAGCACUUGCACUUGUCAGUUAUGAGGAAAAACAUGAAUACUCGAGUUACUGGGACAAACGUCAUUUUAGUACCAUAUGAGAAGAAACAUGUCACAAAGUAUCAUGAAUGGAUGAAAUGCCCAACCCUGCGUUAUCUGACAGGCUCAGAACCUCUGACUCUGGAAGAAGAGUUUGAAAUGCAAAAACACUGGCUCGAGGACGCAGACAAAUGUACUUUCAUUAUCCUGGAUAAACACAUAUUCCACUCCACUGGAAGUGAAUCGAUUGCAGACGCCAUGAUAGGAGACACAAAUUUGUUUUUUAACGAUCCUGAAGAAUCGCACACUGCUGAAGUAGAAAUCAUGAUAGCUGACAUGGCAAGUCGAGGCAAGAGGCGAGGUUGGGAGUCGGUUAUUCUUAUGAUUCGAUAUGGUAUUGAAACAUUGGGUAUCAAUGAAUUCCGUGCCAAGAUCAAAUUAGACAAUGCACUUAGCAUAAAAAUGUUCGAGAAACUCGAUUUUCAAGAGAUAGGAAGAAGCCAACUUUUCCAAGAAAUGACCCUUGAGAAAAGAGUAUCUUCCGACUGGAUCGAUCAAUUAUCUCGUGAAUUGCAGUCCAUCGCGUCCGACUCGAAUGAAUUAGUCACCGGAGUCGUUACAUCAAAUCAUUAAUUUAUAUAUAUUUGUAAUUAUAUACAUGUGACUAUUUCGAUAAUAUAAAAUGCAAAAACUCGUCUGGA